AUGUCGAAUGCCGGAAUGAGCGUUACUCGUCCUAGCCAUUGUAUAGUGUCCACUGUUCGUGAUGCUCAAUUUGAUGAAAUGCUGUGUAUUUUAGUUGCAAGUGAGAGUGCAGUUUGUCGUAUUCACAGUACUAAUCGAGCAUACGCGCGUGACGCUGUUUCAAAUAAUUUAUACAGAGGGACAACUUUGCAACUCAGACCUUCAACUGUUAACGAUGCCAAGGGUGAAAACACCGGGCGACCCGAAGCAGCAAAAUCGCUCCUAUCUACCAUCGAAACUCACUCGAUAUUUUUUAUACACAGAGAGCGUCCUAGACGUUCAACAGCCCACUAUGGAGACGAGGCAGCCGCUCUUUAUGCUGAAUUAGAUGCCGAAACUGAAGAAGACGAAGAGGCUGGGGUACCGCAGUAUGUCGAGUCAACUUCGACUGCUGCUGCUGAUGUUGCUCUGGCGACAUCUUCAGAACACAUUGAAGAGUUCCAAACACAAGGGAAGAAACCACGUAAGAAGAAAAGACUCGGUAGUAUGAGCUAUGGUGUAAAACCAAAGAAGCGUAAAGAGUCUCUUACCUCUAACUUUAGAGGCCGUGACUUGGUGUUUGUGAAUCCUCUGGAUAAGAAGCUGGCAUUCUGGUGGCCUGCCAUGGUCGUUCCUUCUGAUGAAGUUGACGAAUCCAUGACUAUAGAAUCGCUCGGGGAGAAAGAGUGUAUAGUCAAGUAUUUUGAAGAUGAUGCAUAG